GGAAGAAAGAUGAGAAGGUAGAAGAGAAAAUGGAGUGUCUGACUGUGUUGUGCUGUCUAUCCAGUUUCCUGAAAAUCAGCCUGGAGCCAGACGACAGCAGCGUGCCACCUUAACCAGCACUGAGCUGUCCACCUCUGUCCAUCUCUCUACAAUCCUCUCCCUCCACUUGGUGAAGAUGUAGUCUGUCUGGUCUCCAUGGAGAUGUCUCCAAAUAUAGUCUUGUCUGUCUUGUUGCCAUGGUCACUGUGUUUGCUGUUCUUCCAGACCCCUGUCACCCAGACAACCAACUUUGCCCCUAAAUCUGAAACUUCUGUGCCGGUCAAUACCACGCUGUUGUUUGACAGUGGUGCCCCAGGCCACAACCUGCGGAACUGCAGCUGCUCUACGCUCAUCCAGGACUGCAACGAGGCUCUGGCCAACUCACUGUGCAGAUGCCACACCAUUUUGCGCUCCGCUCUGCCCUCUGCUGGGCUCAGAGAGCCUGGGCAACUCACUGUCUGGGUGAAAGAACUCUGGGUCUUGGAGGAACUGCUGAACAGGAGCAUUGUUGGUCAUUUGCAGUUGUCUUUUUGUGGAAUACAACCAAUGAACAGUCAGUACGUGGCCCUGCUAGGUCUACAGACCCUCAGGAUUCACAGUGCAGCACCAGAAGCUCCCUACCCCAACCAGGAAAUUACAGUAUCCCCAGCAGCAGGGGUUGCAGUAGAGCUGGAGGCCCUCUCCUUUGACUUCUCCUCUUCCUUACACAUGACCUUUCUGGAUGUUGCAGUUCUCAGUGGGCUCUCUGCCCUUAAGGUAUACAGUGUGGUGGGACCACCUGUUCACACUCUGUCCCAGCAGUUCCCCUGCCUGGCCUUGCACUUUGCUCUGCCAUUCUCUGCUACUCCUGAUAACCAUACAGACCCCAGUGAGCAGGCUGCAGAGCCUUCACACAACCUGCUUAUUACGUUUGUCUACUAACUACAACAAGUUCUCAUUUAUGGGCAUGGUCAGGUUUGCAGUGCAAGUAACAAAUGAUGCGAGGGAGUUAUAUAUACAACACAACUAGAUGUUAUUUGUUCUCCUUUUGCACAGGAAAAGUUGCACAUGUGGAAUAAAGUAAC